GCAUGUCGCCUCCAACGGCCAAUCAGAGACGUUUAUAGUGGAGAGUGGCCGCUUCGACAACACAUCCACAAAGGCAAAAUACCGUAAAAAUGUAUAUAUCCUAAAAAAAAUAUGAACGCAAAAAUGUACUUUUUGGUCUUCAUUUAAAGUUAACAGUGUGGUUAAUGUUAGCUCUAAAAUCAGAUUUUAAGAAGAUACAUUUUAAAAAUAGGCACGGCUUAUGACAGUGUGGUUGCGUUAACUACUGACGACACUGCUCACCAAGGAAGAAAAGUCCUGUUUGUGGCUUGCCGAAUACCUGAUUUUUGUAAUGGAAUAACAUGUAAAAAAAAAAAAAAAAGCUUCUGGCUACAUGUGUUAUUUCACCCGUUGGAUUUGCUUCAUGCUGUCUUUCUUGGACGCUGUGUGCACAUUGUGCUGGUCGGAAGAGCCAUUUAUUUGAAGGUGCCCUUUGCAAAUCAUUGGAAAACCUCCCUGUUCUUUGGUUGAAUCUGUGCUUGAAAUUCACUUCUCGGCUUACAGUCGAUUCAGUCUUGCAUGGGUCUGUAAGAGGCAGCAUCAUGAGUGGGGAGCCAGACGCUUUGGCUGUGGUGAACCAGCUGAGGGAUCUUGCUGCAGAUCCCAUGAACAGAAGAGCCAUCGUUCAGGACCAAGGUUGCUUACCGGGACUCAUCCUUUUUCUGGACCAUCCCAACCCCCAGGUUGUCUACUCAGCACUCCUGGCUGUGCGCUACCUCGCAGAAUGCCAUCAAAACAAGGAGAAAAUGAGGGGAGAGCUUGGGAUGCUGUUAAGUCUUCAGAAUGUCAUGCAAAAGACAACCACCCCGGGAGAGACCAAACUGCUGGCCUCAGAAAUCUAUGAACUCCUCCAGGCCUCUAACAGUGCGGAUGCAGACAAGCCAAGGGAGCCCUCCUGCAGACGCAAGGCCCAGUUCUUCCUGGGCUCCACCAACAAGCAGGCCAAAACAGUGGUCCUCCACAUAGAUGGCCUGGAUGACUCUAGCCGGAGGAGCCUUUGUGAAGAGGCCCUGUUGAAGAUCCAAGGUGUCAUCAGCUUCACAUUCCAGAUGGCCGUUAAGAGGUGCAUCAUCAGAAUCCGCUCAGACCUGAAGGCAGAGGCUCUGGGUUCUGCCAUCGCAUCAACUGAAGUAAUGAAAGCUCAACAGGUGGUCAGGGGAGAGGAUGGAAAUGAGAUAAUCAUCCCAUUCCCAGAGGAUGGUUCAGUAGCAGUGAAGCAGAAUGUGGAUCUUCCAGACUAUCUUCCAGAGGAGGAGAGCCCAUCCCAGGAGCCAGACAAGGCUGUGACCCGCGUGGGCACAGGGCAGGACGGAGCAGGCUGGCUAGGCACUGCUGCUAACUUUCUGUCCCGCUCUUUCUACUGGUGACUCCCAGACCACUUACACCUCUUCAGACAGAAUCAGGCUCCCAGCUGCCAAAGCGCUGGACUGCCAAAGGCAAUGUGUAACAACAAACGAUUCCAACAGUAUGCAGUACACACAUGCACGCACCCACAAUCUUACACACACUCCCACCUGGCACCAUACAGAAUCACCAAGCCAUUGAGGGAGAGGACCGGCUUCCGGAAUGGAUUCUUAUUUCUUAUCUUUUGGGUUUUGAUUGAGAGCUAGACUAUUCUUUCUGCAAAUGUAAACGGGUCCAUGUAUUUGAAAACCAAAAUGUCUUAUUGUGAGGAGCUUUAUUGUGGCAUCAUUAAUAGGACUUGAUCCAUCAGAAACAUUGCCACAAAAUGAAGUUCCUGUAGUUAGAAGGAUCUGAAAUCAUUAUGGGUCUUUUUGACCGACCUUUGAACAAUAACAGACCUCCUUCCCUCUUUUCUCAAUGGGUAUUGUAGAAUAUGCAGUAAUCAGCAUGUGUCCAGUUAUCGUGCCUUUCAUUUCAUUCUGUUUACAUGGAUACCCUUGCAUGACUGCCUGUAAGGCUCCUUACUUUAAUAUACCAAAUGUUACUGAUGCAGACACUGUAUCAACUCGUGUGGGUACUCUUUAAAUUCCAAUGCCAACUUAAAUCAUUCAUGAAAUAUAUGUGGAGGAUUAUGAGCGAUGUUUAAAGGACUGUGGCUGAUUGGCGAAGAGAUGUUUUAUCUACAGUAAAAGCAUGAAUAUUUUUGCACAGUCUUAACACUGUGGUAUUCUCGAACAAUGUGCUUGCAUGCUUUAUUAGCUUGGUUUAUGUUGAGUAUUACUCAUUACAGAACAAUAUUAGGAUAUAUUUCCUAAGGAAGAGCAUGGUUCCUCUUUAAGGUACAGCCUCUGACAUUUUUUGGGGAACAACAUUCCUUUCCCCAAUGUCUUGUAUGAUUUAGCACAUAGUUAAAAAGAAUACAAGGCUAAACAUAAUCUCUCAUGGACAGACUACAUAAACAUUAAUGACUGAGCAUUUGACCAAAUGACGCAAGAUUUUAGUUCUGGGCAUACUGAGAUCAGGCUAAACCUAACAUUAUUUUUCUCUAAAUAUAUGUAGAUGGAAAUACGCAUUGUGUUAGAUUUUAAUUGGAAAUGGAUUGGCCAGCAGUGUCCUUAAACCUGUGGUUAAAAGGAGGUCAUGUGGGUGCUGCCUUCUGUCAGGGUCAUCUGUAAGUGUUGAACAGUGAAUGUUUUGGAUUGUUCGGCCAAUAUAAUGGAUCACUUGCCAUUGCCCAGCCUCUGAAAUGGUUAUGUUAUCAGUGCAUGUUACAGUGUAUGAAUGGGAAAUGUUUCUGCUGAGCUUAUUACUGCUCAAAGUAAAUCUCCACAUGAGAAGUCUUCAGUUUGGACCACCUAUGGUACAGAUAACAAUCCCUUUUUAAAGUUCACCCACUGCCUCAAGGAAAAGUUCAGUUUCUGCCAAGUGUUUCUUGAAAGUGUCAUCUUCUGUCUGUGGAGGGGAAAAAAAUCAUUGUAUAGAAUUGUCUAUAAAUGUACUGUUGUCCUCUCCUUGUAUUUGUUGCUUGCGUUAACAUGUCCUAUAGACUCUCCCACCUCGUACAAUCACACCUGACUUGAUUGUGUUCAUCAUGCCAGGGCAGAAUGCAUCCUAUUUGCAAAUACUGUAUAGUUGUUCACACUCAAUCAAUGUGUGUUGUUUGCCAACAAAUUCAUUCAUUAGAAAUAUGUUAAUAUCUUUGUCUUGUUAUUGACUUGCUUUUUCCCCCCCAGAAACCAUUUAUUAGAUCAACUAACAUUAAUCAGGUCAGACUUUUUGUUUGCCGGCUUUAUUCGACUCAGGUGAAAUUUCUAUCAUAUAAUCCACGGUCUAGUCACUCACGUAACCCCCAAAGAUGAAAUAUUUAUGUUUGAGUUGUUUCUUUCCACUGAUAAUGUGUGAACACCAAUCACAGAGGAAUGUUCUGUGUGUAUGUAUGCACAUCAGAGAUGUUUGCUGCCUGUCAGUUUGUCUGUAGUGUUAUGGGCCACUGUGAGUGAGCUGUAUGUUCCUAAGAGUUAUAUAAUAUUAAAAAACAAUGUUAUUAUAUGAAAUGUCCAAUUGUUCAUUUUAUGGAUGCUGAUGCGAUAGGGUGUUGCCUUGAAUGGAGGACAUCACAGUUUGUUCAACAUGACAAUUAAAAAUGUACACAACAUG